GGGCGCCCUGGACGGGGCAUCAACAAUACGUAGUCGCUCCUCGGAGUGAGCUUGCUCCCUCUCCUCGUCCUCAUUCCGCAGCCGUUCCAGAUACCCAGCGUUCCCUAAAGAUAGCAGGCCCGUCUCCAUCCUGUGGUGGAGUUGUACUUCCAGCUUCUCAAGCUCACUCCUUAGUCGCAACUCGCGAACAUGGCGCCCCGCACCGUGACCAUCGCCCUCGCCGUGGCCCUCGUGCUGCACGCUGCCCCGUGCACCGCCGCGCCGGGCAGGAUGCGAGGCAGUGCAGCCGUCCGCGGCGCAGAGCAGUCCGACCGCAUGGUGUCCACCAAGGAUGUCGAGUCUAGCCUCUCCGGCGCCCUCGAGGAGGUCUUCGGUGGCGGCGCCGCCGCGUCCAGCCGCCUCGGGCGCAUCGAGGCCAGCAUGUGGCAGACCUACCAGGCGCUUCCCAAGAACUCGGCGGGGCGGCUGGGGCCGCGGGCAGUGCGCCACAUCAUACACAGCUACUUUGCCAAGGAGCACGGCUGGCUCAUCAACGGCCUCGAGCACCACGGCAUGCAGCAGAACGUGUCGGAAGUGCACGAGGUCGACAUCCUGCAGGACAAGGCCCCCGCGUUCGUGGAGGCGCUCCUCGAGGCACGCCGCGCCGGGCACGGGCUGUCGCUGGACGACGUCGUGGCGAUGGCCGCGGCGCUGGAGAGGCUGAUCGUGAACGAAUCGCUGGACCUGCUCCAGACUGCGUACGUGCUGAACGAGCACACCGUGGCGGACAAGAUCGACGUCCGCGCCCUGCACCAGGUCUUGUCCUCGUACCUCCUCAUCUUCGAGCUGGGCACCCACGGCAACGGCACGGACGUGCAGCGGCACCGGGCCAUCAAGAACGCCGUGACCAGUGCGGGUGGCAAGUGGCCGGUGCUCGCAGCAUUCGGGGCCGACGCGGUGCGGAACCACGACUUCGAGAGCCGCCACCGGACGAAUCCCUUCGUGGAGAGGACGUACGGCUUCGGAGAGGCGUCGCGGAUCGUCGAGGGCCUCGCGCAGGACUACGGCAUGUGGCAGAACAUGGAGUGCCGCCAGAUGAAGGAGGAGCUCGUGAGCCUGGACCCCGACGGGUCGGGCCACGUGCCGCUCAAGGUCUUCUACUCCCAGCCGCCGACGGCCGACUACCAGUUCACCGAGUCCGUCGAGUACCUGCGCACGGUCGGCGCGCUCGACGAGUCCACGGGCAGCGUCCGCAUAGCGAACUACAUGGCCGGGCCCUCCAACUGCAUCGCCAGGUCGACGUACUACUCGGUGUGCUGCCUCAGCGACUGCGAGGGCAUGAUGAACGAGCUGGAGGGCAAGAUCCGGGCGCCCGCCGCCGAACCAGAGCACCUGCUGGCGGUGAUCGGCAACCUCUCCACGGCCUCGGCCGAGAUGCUGCUGCCGCAGGCCGCCGCGGCGUCGCGGCUGCGCGAGAUCGCCGGCCGCAGCGGCGGGCAGGUGCCCCUGCACGGCCGGCUCUUCGCCGAGUUCCUGCACCGCGCCUUCCCAGCCGAGUGCCCCUACCCUCACGUCCUCGAGGAUGCCGCCGCCAGCACCCCGGGCCACUGGGCCGGAGGCAGGGCGACGGCCUCGCGCGAGGAGCGGCACAGGCACGUGGAGGCGGACGACGGCGAGGCCGAGGUGCCCGUGGCGCCCACGGCCUGGAGCGACGAGGAGGUGCUUCCCGUGCACGAGGCGCCCAGGCCUGUCCGCAGCGCCCGGAGCGGCCUGGCGCUGUGGGUGGUGCUCGCGGCGGCGGCCAUGGCCGUGCUGCGCUCGAUGCUGGCCGUGUGGCGGUCCGCCAUGGCCCUGUCCGGCGCGGAGAAGGAGAAGGGCUACGUGCUGCCGAUGCGCAUCUGAGCCGCCCAGCAGCCGUCGAGCGGGAGCUGCUGCUGCUCAUCCUGCUCAUCCUCGUUGUCUUCCUCCUCCUGCUCCUCAUCGAUAUAUUCAUCCGCGUUUGCCAUCUUCUCGCUCCACCUCUGCCAUGACUGCCGCCUCCGCGUUUCUGUGCCCGCCAGCGGCGGCACCUCGCAACUCGGGAGCUCAUGCCCGUGAUGGCGCCUUUCUGAUGCAGCAGGUAAGGCCACCCCCGAUCCACUCAGAUGAUGAUGCUGAUGAUGAUGAUGAUUAUGAUGAUGAUUAUGUUGAUGCUGCUGCUGAUGAUGAUAGUUAUGAUGAUGGC